AUCUCAGUCAGAUGGUUAUCCAACAUUUUCUUAAAAAUUUCCCGUAUUGGAGCAUUCACAACUUCUGCAGGCAAAUUGUUCCACUGAUUGAUUGUUCUCACUGUCAGGAAAUUUCUCCUUAGUUCUAAGUUGCUUCUUUCCUUGAUUAAUUUCCACCCAUUGCUUCUUGUUCUGCCUUCAGGUGCUUUGGAGAAUAGCUUGAUUCCCUCUUCUUUGUGGAAAUCCCUGAGAUAUUGGAACACUGCUAUCAUGUCUCCCCUGGUCCUUCUUUUCAUUAAACUAGACAUACUCAGUUCCUGCAACCGUUCUUCAUAAGUUUUAGCCUCCAGUCCCCUAAUCAUCUUUGUUGCUCUUCUCUGCACUCUUUCUAGAGUCUCAACAUCUUUUUCACAUCGUGGCGACCAAAACUGGAUGCAAUAUUCCAAGUGUGGCCUUACCAAAGCCUUAUAAAGUGGCACUUUAUAAUGAAGUUGUAAUGAAAGUGGCCUCUUUCAUUACAACUUCAAAUUUCCCAACUUUUUUGGGUUUUUUUGCGUUUGUCAUUUUCAAGCCCCCACAUAAAAUGAACGACACACACACACACCCGUGUAAGGCUGUUCGAUGUGUUACUUGGCUGGAUGAAAGAAGCGAUUGAGGGGAAAUCCAUCAGCCGAGAUCCUUGCCUGGCGGGCGGGUCAAGAUACAGACCCUCCACGGUGCUGUUUCCAAGGUUGACAGGAGGGUUUUCUCAGAGACCCCUCCAGCAUCUCCAGACAAAGCCCUAAGUUUACACGUGUCAAGGCAGAAGAAGCCGGGCGAAGUUGUGCUCCCGGCUUUCUCCCCGCAAUUUCGAUGCUGCUCCAGCCAAGGAAAGCUGGGAUCCCGAAAGAAGACAUCCUCCCCUCUCGAUCCCCCUGGGGGAAAAAAAAAUCCCCCCGAGGGAUUUUUAUUAAUCGGCUAUUUUAUGCGGAUUCAGAAACACAAAAAAAAUCGCAAGCGAUCAGGAGCAAGCAUGUUGGACCAGCAAAACGCCGUGCUGGCAACGGACCAAUCAGCGCUCAGCUCCUCUCCUAUAAAUACCAGCGCCCGCAGCGCCUCGGGGCAAUUUAAGGGUCCGCGUCGGAGGAGCUGAAGGUGUCCAGGUCGAAAGGAUGGCAGAAGUCGCCCCAGCAGCGCCCGUGGCGGCGGCUCCCGCUUCGAAGGCGGCGGCUAGGAGAGCGGCGGGCGCCACCAAGGCGCGGAAGCCGGCCGGCCCCAGCGUGACGGAGCUGCUGAUGCAGGCGGUGACGGCUUCUAAGGAGCGCGGCGGCAUCUCCUUGGCCGCGCUGAAGAAAUCUCUGGCGGCUUCGGGUUACGACGUGGAGAAGAACAACAGCCGCAUCAAGCUGGGCCUGAAGAGCCUGGUGACCAAAGGGACGCUGCUGCAGACGAAGGGCACGGGAGCCUCGGGUUCCUUCAAGCUCAACAAGAAGCAGGCCGACCCCAAGGACAAGGCGGCUCGCAAGAAGCAGCAGCAGCCGGCCAAGAGCGCCAAGAAGCCCACCGGCGCCGCCAAGAAGGCGAAAAAGGCUCCGGUUGCUGCCGGGGCGAAGAAACCCGCCAAAAAGGCGGUCAAGAAAACAGCUUCCAAGGGCGUCAAGAAGCCUAAAGCAGCGGCAGCGAAAGCUAAAAAAGCGGUCAAAAGCCCCGCCAAGGCCAGGGCGGCCAAGCCGAAAGCGAAGCCCAAGACCCCCAAAGCGAAAGUGGCGAAGCCCAAGAAAGGCGUGGUGAAGAAGUGAGCU